AUGUCGAGCCACGCGAGGAAACGCUUGAUUCGUGAUUUCCGCAAACUGCAGACUGAUCCUCCUCAUGGCGUCAACGGCGCGCCAGUCGGCAACGAUAUCAUGAAGUGGAACGCCGUGAUUUUCGGUCCGGAGGACACGCCCUGGGAAGGAGGCACCUUUCAACUGGAAAUGAUUUUCAGUAACGAGUAUCCGAAUCGGCCUCCACUAGUGAGGUUUUUGUCGAAACUCUUCCAUCCUAACGUAUAUAAUGAUGGCAACAUCUGCCUUGAUAUUCUUCAAACUCAAUGGAGUCCGAUAUACGACAUUUCCGCUAUUCUGACGUCAAUUCAGUCGUUGUUGAGUGAUCCAAAUCCGAGCAGCCCUGCUAACCAAGAGGCAGCUCGUCUGUAUGCGGAGAACCGUCGCGAAUACAAUCGUCGUGUUCAACAGUGUGUAAACGAGUCGUGGGCGGCGGUCCCCAGUGAGCCGUCCAGCGAGACGGCGCAACAGUCCCCCGCUGUCACCACAAGUCACGCUCCUCCGCCACCUGAUGGUCCUGCGCCUGCACAGAGUGGGGCCACAGAGGGGCGCUCUGGGUCUGUAAAUGGCGCGUCGGAUCAGCGGCAUGCUGAACCUACUCCAACAAUAGGAGACUCCGGCGUGGAAGCACCGUCGGCUCCGCCGCCUCCUGCCGAUUCGACUGCAUGA